GUUCUCCAUCUAUUUAUAUACUUGGUCUUCUGACAGGAGAAUCCUGUUGAAAUUCUUGUUGCAGCUGUCAAAACACUGUAGGCCAAGUGAGCCUUUACUCUGUCUUACUGAUUGUGGUGAAGUUAAUUACAAGAAUGCUGUAGCAAGAGCUUGCAUAAAAGUGCCCUGGCACUGGGUCUUAUUUGAUUAGACAGCCCAGAUGUUCCAUGGGGGGCAUAGUACUGUUUGCAAGGAUAGCGAGGCAACACUUCCACUUGAAUAACUUUGCAAUUCUUGUUCCUAUUGUUGUUUAAAUGCCAGUAGAGGCUUCAAGGGGAGGCUAUCUUCUGGCUGACUGCUAAAGACUGCUGGGAUACACUCGAGAUAGAUGUGCAACCAACGUUAUGUGCAUUGAUUCCUUGGACACUGCACAUUUGUCCUGCGGUGAGAGAUUAGCGGUUAUGGUGACAUAGCAGUAGAGUUGCUGCCUUCCAGCGAAUGCAGCGCUGAAGACCCGGGUGCGAUCCCGACUACAGGAGCUAUCUGUUUGGAGUUUGUACGUUCUCCCCGUGACCUGUGUGGAUUUUCUCCGUGAUCUUCGGUUUCCUCCCACACUCCAAAGACGUUCAGUUGUGGAAUUUGCCCUGAAAGUUCUGUGAUCUGACAAAAUGAUGAAAGACUCAUUUGGAACGUCCUUUCAUUGAAUGUUGCUGGACUGUAAAGCAGAAAAUGGAUCUCCCGACGCAGCCCCUUUGUAUCUGCUGUGGACAAUCACACCUGCCUCAGGAAAACCAUUCAUAUAAUUAUCAGGAUGAAAUAGACGAUGACCUCAUCUGUGACAUCUGCCUGCAGCCCUUGGUGGAGCCUAUGGAUACACCGUGUGGGCACACAUUCUGCACUUUGUGCCUUACUAACUUCUUACUUACCCAAGAUUUCUGUCCCAUGGAUCGUAAGCCCUUGUGUCUCAUGGUGUGCAAGAAAUCAAGCCUGUUGGUCCAUAAGUUGUUGGAUAAAGUAUUGGUCUUCUGCCCGCUAAAGGAACAUUGCACUGAAAUCUUGCAGCGCUGUGACCUCAAAAUACAUCUGCGUCGCAGGUGUAGUGGAGCGAUCCAAUGUGGACUCUGGAAAGAACGAGAGGACCAGCCUCAGGAGCUUUCCCCAACAGGUGGAGCAGAGUUAGUUCCGGAGGUUCCUGUGGAAAGUGGUGACUUGGCAGUGCCGGUGCUUUCCCCACAACUGCCCGCACCAUUGGCCUUGACAACUACUGACCCGGGGCUGAUAAAUCACGCCUAUGAAACGGGCUCAGACAGCAGCCAUUCGGAGAGCAAUUCCAGCACCCACAACAAAAAUAAUAUCAAGAAAAACCGACAUUUUGAUCGCACUACAGUGAGAAGCAGAUCCUUUAAAAAACUGAAUCGUGCUUUCAGCUAUCUACGCAAGACGAGUAAUGCGAAUCUUGUUGACAGUGAUCCUGGUGAAAGUGUGCAGACUGCUGCUCUUCCAGAAGAAGUAUCUCCGAGAUUACAUCACCUCAUCCCCGAUGGUGAAGCUACAACCAUUAAGAUCGAUCGUUCUGAUCCACACGUGAAGCUGGGCAUCAGCAUUGUGGGAGGUUGUGAAACUCCUGUGGAAAAUAUCGUUGUACAAGACAUUUAUCGAGAUGGUGCCAUCGAUAAAGACGGCAGACUUUUACCCGGCGACAUGAUUCUAGAGGUAAAUGGUACUGACCUAAGAAGUGUGCCCCAUUACUAUGCACUGGCGGUACUGAAGCAGCCGUGUCAGAUCCUGUUACUGAACGUGCUCCGAGAACAACUAUAUAAAUGUAGAAGAAACGUGGAAAGUAACUGCUCCAGAGAUGACAGCUUCCAUGUUAUUCUCCACAAGAGUGCUGAUCAACCACUAGGAAUAAAACUGGUCCACAGGUCUGAUGAAUCGGGGGUUUUUAUCAUCAGUUUACUUGAAGGUGGUCUUGCAGCCCAAGAUGGCCAACUACAAGUGCAUGACAGAGUGCUCGCCAUAAACGGACAUGAUCUUCGUCAGGGAUCUCCAGAAAUUGCAGCACACUUUAUACAGAUAAGUGAUGAUCGAGUGCAUUUUAUUGUAUCAAGAAAGACAAGGUCGAGAACCCCUGAUAUUUUGCAAGAGAGCAGGUGGAACAACAACAACAACCCAGCUAGUCCUGCUGAAAGAAAUCUGAACAACAAGAGUUUCCUUCAUGCCUUCACGUGCCACGAAAAGAUCAUCAAUGUUAACAAAGAAGUGCAUGAGUCUUUGGGAAUGACAAUAUCAGGUGGCCUACAAAGCAAAAACUGGGAUCUCCCAAUCUAUGUUACAAACGUUCAUCCCAAUGGAUGCUUGGGGAAUGAUGGAAGAAUAAAAAAUGGUGACAUUCUAUUGAAUGUAAAUGGCACUGAACUUACCAGUAUAACACAAAGUGAAGCCGUGUCCAUUAUAAAGCAGAGUGCUGCCUCCUCUUCUGUUAUUUUCAAAGCUUUGGAGCUAAGGGUGGCAGAAAAAGACAAUGCUGAUGGCUUUGCACUACACAACUAUAAUGAAAACAACUUACCUGAAGAGGACUGGUCACCAUCAUGGAAUAUGUGGCUAGUAUUGCCCCGGUAUCUUUAUCCAUGCAAAGAUGUGGAAUUGAGAAGAAAUACGUCUGGAAGUCUGGGAUUUAGCAUUGUAGGCGGAUAUGAAGAAAACCAUGGAAGCCAGCCAUUCUUCAUAAAGUCCAUUGUUAAUGGAAUGCCAGCUUAUAACGACGGAAGAUUGAGAUGCGGAGAUGUAAUUUUGGCCGUCAAUGGAAGAAAUACCUCUGGAAUAACUCACUCUUGUCUGGUGAAGAUACUUAAAGAAAUAAGAGGAAAAGUUACUCUCACUGUGGCAUCUUGGCCUGGCAGCCGUCUCUAGAAUGGAUUAUAUUGAUAUUAAGAAUACGGAACUAAAAUUAAUCAAAGCCAAUGAUUCUGCCAAAGAACCACAUCAUUGAAAAUCCUGAUACUCAAAUAGCAAUAUAAUUAAUUUUGUAUGCGUUUCUAUAAACACCGGGAGUCCCAAAUGAUUUUUAAAUUAUAUUUUCUGAAGAUAUAGUCUAUUUGCUUGUAAACUCAACUGGGACAGGUUGCUUAAAGAAAAAAAUUGGAACACAAUGCAUUAAUGCACUUAGGAAGUGCAAUCUUAAAUUAAAUUCAGGACUGAAAAUAUUCACUAUUGCAUUUUGGAUUGCAAUGAAUACUCCAGGUGUGUUGGUGAAUGGGUUCUCUGUAAUUGUCACGUCAAAAAAAAGUCUUAUUUUGAGAAAAAAAGUAUCUUGGAAGAGUGGCAGAACUACAAUAAAUCUUAUCUCUGCUAAUUAAGAGUUUACAUUAUUUUACUGUAACUGAAAAGAAACCGGGCAAAACAUUGUAUUUCUGACUGGUUUAUAUAAACUGCAAACAUUGUGGCCGAACAAAUUUGGUGCAAUUUCAUAAAGCAUGUGCUGAUACUUGUAGUAUUUAAGGAAGGAUGAAAUAUCAUAACUUCUACCACCAUUUUUUGGUUCAAUUCAUAUUGGAUAUUCAUGGAAAGUAGUGUUGCAGAUUAAUGUACAGUGGAUUGGAUCACACGGAUUCAGGCCUGGCUGCAAGCAAUGGAAAUAAAAGGUUUACCGAACGACUUGCCCAAUACCUUUUCCACUGUUUCCAAUUGUCUACGCUCAGAGACAUUUGGGGAAAAAUAACAAAAAGUGAACAAAAUUCACAUUAAAUAAGCAGUAAAUUAAUAAACGAAAACUAAGUUAAAACAAAUCACAAUAUUUUGUGAAUGUUCUAAUGAGAGGAGCUGUUUUAGAUCCAACAGCUAUGGCUGGUUUAAAGCUGAAAGGCUAAAACGGAAGAGUCCAGGUAAAGAGAGGUCUGGCGCACCCUUGCACAUGUGCCACAGUUAGUUUGUGGUGCUCGAUGAAACUGUGGGCUAAUGUCUACUAGAUGCUGUCUUUUCAUAACUUAUUCUCUCUGUCACUCUCUAAAAGAGUAAUGAAACCUACAAAACAAAACAAGUAUGGUCAUUGUCAUAGCCAAGCAAAAUCUUACCAGAACAGGCAUACAGGACAAAUAGCAAAUUUAAUGACUGUUCGAGUAAAAGUACAUCCUUUAAAGGAAAGCUACGAUUCCAAUAAACAACGGUCAAAAGUAAAACAUUACUUUUAAACAAGAAUGCAGAAAUUGUAUUCAUCUUCAAUAAACUAAUACAAACAUAGUAAUUUAGUUAUUAACAACACAAAUGGUGCUGAGAAGCACCACACUCUUCAAUAGUCUUUCAAGAUAUUGAAGUUCUGAUGUCUUCAGAAAUUCAGAUGAAAUUUGUCAUUACCUGAAUGAUUUUUAAGCAUUUCCAACAUUUUCCUUCCUAUUUUUUU